AUGUUUAAUCCACCGCCCUAUCCACAUGAAUUAUCCGGGAAACGAUACUGGGUAGAAAUCGAUAGAAAGGAUGACCUAUCUGGGCUUCACCAGGCUUAUCUGUCAGAUCCUUUAUUCUUUAAGCCAGAGGUGAAUAAACGGACAGGACGAUUCGAAACGUGGGGUAUCAAUGAUUUAAAAGCGGGAGAGGCGGAGAAUAAGGAUGAUCUUCCCCGGUAUCUCAAGAGGGAGGCCAAAUUUGGCCAUCUCUAUAAAGAUAAGGAAACACCACAAACUCAAUUUAUUACUCAUCUCAUCAUGAAAAAGAUGAAGGAACUUAAAGAGGCAAGGAUAAGCCAUCAGCGAAACCGAUGUGAUUACAUGUUGGAAAUUACUAUGCCGGGAAUCAAGGAUGGUCUGGGGAAUCAUUAUAUCACGCGUAGUAUCAAGGUUUCCGGGGGUUUAAAGUUAAAUUUGUUUCAGGACCGAAUCUUACAAGCGGCUAUGGGAUGGUCUCGUAAUUAUCACGGAUAUCUGUUUACCGACCACAAAGAUGGUUCUCUGUUUGGACCUAGGGAUUCUAACCAUGUCGAUAUGGUAAACAUGUAUAAAUAUGGUCAUGAGUAUAUUGCAGACGAUUUGUUUACCCUUGGAGAUAUCUUGGAAAAUGAAAAAUCGACUCUCGGCUAUCUGUACGAUUUGGGUGAUGACUGGGUGCACCAUAUUGCCGUUGAGGCAAUUUUCGAGGAAGCUGACUCUGACGGUUCUUUUGUUUUCCUCGACGGUAAAGGUGCUUGUCCGGCCGAGGAUAUGGGCGGCGGGGAUUGGAAGCACACCCUCGAGGCUAUAGAACGAAACCCCGAAGACCGCUUUCUCAACCGCCAGAUUGGCGGUGCUCUGAACUAUCGAGAUGCCGAAAGUAUGAAGAGUCCUGACUGGUUCUUUGACCCGCAUAGGUUUGAUAUCGACGAAGCUACAUUACGCGUUCGAGACUCAAUAUCCUCACGCACAUCGAUACCAUCUGGUGCCAAGAUUAAUGUUCUCCUACCAACAACUACAGAAGGACAUUUCAGAGGAACUGGAGAUUGUCGCGGAAACUAUCCACGAAAAACAAGGCCUAUCUAUACCGAACAUACACUCCACGGGUAUGUAGGGUAUAUUAUGGAGGUUAUCCGUGACGGACCAGAGCCAAAGCACAGCGCUAUCUGUGAAGAAUGUGGGAGGCCAAAUAAUCUAAAGCGUUGCAAGAAAUGUAGCGGCGCGUGGUAUUGUUCAACAAAAUGCCAAAAUAGGCGUUGGCCAUACCAUAAGAUCCAGUGCAGGCGGGACGAGUUACAAGUAUCAUCACUAUUGAAAGCGCUUACAUUGGGCUCUGAUUCUGGGACCUCUGCAUCUGUGGUCACUACGUCUAUGUUCUCUGCGUCCCCGACAGCUGCGGCUACUGUGGCCUCUCUAGGCUCUCUAGGCUCUAUGGCCUCUCUGGACUCUAUGGCCUCUAUGGCCUCUAUGGCCUCUAUGGCCUCUAUGGGAUCUAUGGGAUCUAUGGGCUCAAUUGAUUCAUUGGCUUCGAAUUCCACAAACGAAUAA